AUGAAGGAGUUUCCUUCUUGUUUUGGAGAGAAUGGUGUUCAGGUUGUGGAUUCCUCCUCUUCAAGUGCCACAAGAGGAGCACAAAAUGCGGUUACUUGUGUGUAUCAUUGUAAGUUAAGAGCUCGUUCAUGCUUGAUCACGGUCUCGUGGACCAAAAGUCUGAUGGGUCAAGGCUUAAGUGUGGGAAUUGAUGAAUUGGGCAACCAUUGCCUCUGCAAAGUUGAUAUAAAGCCAUGGUUGUUCUCAAGAAGAAAAGGGUCUAAGAAUUUGGAGGUUGAAUCUAAUAAAAUUGAUAUACUUUGGGACUUGAGUUGUGCUAAAUUUGGUUCGGGGCCAGAACCAUUGGAGGGGUUUUAUUUAGCUGUUGUGUUCAACCAAGAGAUGGUAUUGCUCCUAGGGGAUCUGAAAAAGGAGGCAUGCAAGAAAAUUGCUAGUGACUAUGCUUAUGCUCACUCUGAUGCCAUUUUUAUUGCAAAGAGAGAACACAUUUUUGGUAAGAAGUUUUACGGUGCAAAGGCUCAAUUUUGUGACAAGGGGCAAGUGCAUGAUGUUAGAAUUGAGUGUGACACACUUGGGCUCAAUGAUCUGUGUCUAGUGAUUAGAAUUGAUAGCAAGACAGUAAUGCAGGUGAAGCAACUCAAGUGGAAGUUCCGGGGCAAUCACACCAUUUUGGUGGAUGGGCUGCCGGUGGAAGUAUUCUGGGACGUACAUAAUUGGCUCUUUGGAAAUGCUAUGGGAAAUGCAGUUUUUAUGUUCCAAACCUGCAUUUCAACUGAGAAGCUGUGGGCAUGCCAAUCUGUUUCAGAUCCUUCUGUUCUUACAUGGGCUUAUUCUCAGCAGUUCACAGAUUCCCAGUUGCAAGGUCUUGGAUUCUCUCUCAUUUUGUAUGCUUGGAAAAAUGAGUAG